UUUCGCUUUUAAUUUUUCAGAUAAGAGUAACAAGAAGAAUGAAUGCUUCUCUCCUAAGUGCUCCUCAGGGUCAGUUGACAUUCAAGGAUGUGGCAGUGGCCUUCUCACAGGAGGAAUGGGAAUGUCUUGACUGUGCUCAGAGGGCAUUGUACAUGGAUGUGAUGUUGGAGAAUUACAACAAUCUAUUUUUUGUGGAGAAUCAUUGCAUGUGUCCUAAAUCUGAGAACAUGUUGGAUCAAGACCUACAGCAUAUUGUCCACGAGCAUGUAAAUAUCCAAGUGAAAUCCUAUAAAUGUCAUGAGCUUGGCAAAAUCAUUCAUGAGUCCACUGGAAGUACACCUCACAAAACUAACCUCAGGGCUACAUCUAUUGAAUCAUCAAACCUAAGCAGACAUGAAAUUGAAAGCAAAAGAGAACCAUGCAAAUAUAAAAACCAUGUAAACUGUUUAAAUUUGUUCUCUUCCAUUAGUCUAAAUCAAGGAAUCAACAUAGGAAAGAAAGAAUACAAUGGUGCAAAGCUUGAUAAGGUUUUUGACUCUAAAGAAACACCCAUGUUGAAACAAACCAAAAGUGGAAAGAAACCUUACAAAUGUAGUGAAUGUGCCAAAUAUUUUGCCAAGAAAUGCUUGUUUAGAAAACAUCAGACAACUCAUACAGGAGAAAAACCUUACAAAUGUAAUGAAUGUGACAAAUCCUUUACCCAGAAAAGCAGUCUUAGUAUUCAUCUGAAGUAUCAUAGAGGAAAGAAACCUUACAAAUGUAGUGAAUGUGAGAAAUGCUUCAUUCAAGUUGGUGAUCUUAGAAGACAUCAGAGAAUUCAUACCGGAGAGAAACCUUACAAAUGUAAUGAAUGUGACAAAUGCUUUAGUUACAAAAGCAGCCUUCGAAGUCACCAGAGUAUUCAUACAGGAGAGAAGCCUUACAAAUGUAAUGAAUGUGACAAAUGCUUUUGCCAUAAAAGUAGUGUUAGUAUUCAUCAAAGAAUUCAUACAGGAGAGAAACCUUACAAAUGUAGGGAAUGUGACAAAUGUUUUACCCAAAAAGGAAGCCUUAGUAUUCAUCAGAGAAUUCAUGCAGGAGAGAAACCUUACAAAUGUAGUGAAUGUGACAAAGACUUUACUCUAAAAUGCAGUCUUAUCAUUCAUCAAACAAUUCAUACAGGAGAGAAAGCUUACAAAUGUAGUGAAUGUGACAAAUGCUUUUCCCUCAAAAGUGAUCUUAGUAUUCAUCAGAGAAUUCAUACAGGAGAAAAACUUUACAGAUGUAGUGAAUGUGACAAAUGCUUUACAAAGAAAUAUCGUCUUAGAAGUCAUCAGACAAUUCAUACAGGAGAGAAACCUUACAAAUGUAGGGAAUGUGACAAAUCUUUUACCCUGAAAGGCCAUCUUAGAAUUCAUCAACGAAUUCAUACAGGAGAGAAACCUUACAAAUGUAGUGAAUGUGACAAAUGCUUUACUCAAAAAUGCAGUCUUAUUAUUCAUCAGAGAAUUCAUGCUGGAGAAAAACCCUACAAAUGUAAUGAAUGUGACAAAUACUACACUCGUAAAAGCCAUCUUAUUGUUCAUCAGCGCAUUCACAUAGGAGAAAAACCUUACAAAUGCAGUGAAUGUAACAAAUGCUUUACCAACAAAUAUUGUCUUAGAACUCAUCAGAGAAUACAUUCAGUUAAUAAACCUUACAAAUGUAAUGAAUGUGACAAAUCUUUUGCCCUGAAUGCCAGGCUCAGGUGUCAUCAGAUAAUUCAUACAGGAGAAAAACCAUUCAAAUGUAGUAAAUGUGGUAAAUACUUUACCCAAAAAGGAAGUCUUAUUAUUCAUCAGAGAAUUCAUACAGGAGAGAAACCUUACAAAUGUAGUGAAUGUGACAAGUACUUUACCCGCAAAAGCAGUCUUAAUGUCCACCAGAGAGUUCAUACCGGAGAGAAACCUUACAAAUGUAAUGAAUGUGACAAAUGCUUUUCCCAUAAAGGUGAUCUUAGAAAACAUCAGAGAAUUCAUACAGGAUAAAGAACCUUACAAAUGUGAAUGUGACAUGUGCUUUACCUAAAAAUUCAAUCGUCAUCUUCAUUCGAUAAUUCAUAUAGGAGAGAAGCUUUACAAAUAUAGUGAAUGUGACAAAUGCUUUACCCAUAAAAGCAGUCUUAAAAUUCAUCAGAGAAUUCAUGCAGAAGAAAAUCUUAAAGAUAUAGUGAAUGUGACAAUUUCUUUAGCCAGAAACGAACUUAGCUCUUAUCAGAGAAUGCAUAUAAUAGAAAACUUCACAAAUGAAGUGAAUGAGAAAAGUCCAUUCCCAAGGAAGAUCACCUUACAAUUCAUCAGAGCCUACAUAUAGGAGAAGGAACUUAUAAUUAAUGUUCAAAUCCUCCACUGUUGUUUCGCCACUUAAAAUGCAUCAAAGAAUCUUAUGAAUGUGAUGUAUGAGGAAAGGUCUUUACCCAAAUCUCAGAUCUAAGAAAAUACCUGGAAAUUUAUAGUCAGAAAAAAAGUGUCCAUUUGAAAAGAUAUGGCAUGUGCUUUAUCCAAGCGGUAUUGUUUGCAACACUUGAAGCUCCACACUAGAGAAUUAUUAUAUAUAUGAGGAAGUUGGGAAAACAUCUAAAUAGUUCUCAAAUCUUAGAAACGACCCAGGGUUUAUUCUGAGAGAAACUGAAAAUGCAGCAAUGAAGGAAAUCUUUCAUUAAAAGUUUUUAUUUGUUCACUUUCAAAUAAGUCAUAAGACAUGAUGGAGAAGAUAGAAGAGUAUGGAGUUGUAUAAACUUUCCUGGAGACUGAAAUGAUAUAUUUCAAAGAGAAGCUGUGAAAUCCAUGCCUCAAAAUAGCUAAUGAAACUGACAGCAUUCUGUAUGUUUAACUCAAAUAAAUAUACUCAAGUUAUACUUCUUAAAAGAGCAUUUGACCAACUGAGCCACAAAGAUAGGGUGCUCUUUAUCCUGUAGAGAUGCCUACAUAUAUGUGGUUUGUUCCCAAUGUCCAGUAUUCAUUAUCUGUAUCUUAUGCUGGUUUUAAGUUUCAGGAUAGCAAUUGUCUUUGAGUCCCUCGUGAUCUUAUUUAUUAACUGCUUCCCUUAAGUCCUGUAUGUAACUCCAAUAAAUCUCAUUGGUUUAAUAAGUUGAACUUGGUUGUUUCCAUUUUCCACUUGGAAUGGGUAGAUGAAUAUAUAUGUGGCAUCUCCCCAGAAUAUGUCUCUGGCAAAAGUGUGCUGAACCCAUUGAUAUUUUCUGCAAACUUGUAACAUGAAAUGAAUAUUAGAGCAAUGUUUUUAAAGCUUGGGUAGGAACACCUUUGAGGGUGGAAUGGAUUUCUCAGAGGGGUUGCUAAAAACCAUAAGAAAAUGUAUUUCCAGUGGUUUCAGGAGUGAGACACCAUUUUGUCUCUACAUGAGUCUGCUUGCAUAAGAGUACUUUAAAUUAUAU